AUAUAUAAACAAGAGUAAAACACUCCAGAAGUACAGGCUUCCUUCAAGUCGACAAUUAUCUUGUGCUUUCUCAAGCCAUAGCAUCUGAGAAGUAUUGGUUGGGACUUCUCAGCAAAGAGCCAUGGCACGUGGAAUCCUUUUGUGGGUUGCAUGGACUUGUCUGCUUUUGGAUAGCAGUGCUGUUUAUUCUGCUACAACAGGAAAAUUUAGGCUCUCUGCUGCCACUAAGAACCUUGAAUCUGAUGUAGCAGAUGAUUUUGGAGAUCAGGAUAAUGAGCUUUCAGAUGACAAGCCAACCACCCAUGUCUACCCAAGCUCAAACAAACCUCCAGUAGUGCAGCCACUGAAUCUGAUCCCAACUCGGCAGCCCCUGACCAAUGCACAAAACACCCCUGACGUGGAAAAGAUUUUGAAUGCUGAGAAUAGACGCUGGGGAUCGACACAAUUUGAGCCAAUUACCUUUCCUUUAAGCAGCGGGAACCAGAUGGAAGCCCCAAAACCUCAGUCGACACCACUUGUCUCCUCAAGCAGCAACUCUGUCUCAUCAAACAUUGCGACUGGCUACAGGCCACCACAGGCUUCAACCCCUCUGCACUUGUCUGCAGGUGGAUUGGAAUCUUGGUAUCCUGGCGGCAAUGUGGACACUGACUCAAUUCUGAGUUCCAGAUUCCAGAUGGUAAACCCUGGUUCAAGUAGCACCCCCCCUCCUGCGGUCCAAGGAUUUCAAAGCUCCAGGGUUGUUUAUCCUGCUCCUCAGGCUUCUAAUGCAGCAGAGGCGCUUGGCCAAGGAUCUCCAACUGAGUAUGUUGCCACACUAAAACCAGUUUACCCCUAUCCCUCUGUGAAUGAGCUCCCUUUGGCUUCUAAUGCUGCUACGAGUUACAGCCACAGUAAUGAAAUUGGUCCCUAUGUCUCGCAACCUUAUAGUCCUGCUAGAUAUUCCACAGUGACAGCCAAACCUCAAAACUAUCCUGCUGGAAGAUUUGACCAGGGGAAUGAUAUUGAUGCUGGCUCUCGUGUGGCUUACAACUUUGUCCCACCAAAACCUGCCGUUCAAAAGCCCACCGUCGGCGCUAGGCCUCAAAGUCCAGCUGCUGCUGGAGGGUACAGACAGGGUUAUGUUAGCAGGCCAACUGCAUAUGCUUCUCCACAAAGGAAACCCACUCUGCAAAGCUCAGCAAGAUUCCAAUCUCCAACCUGGAUGAUGAUGCCGCCCUUCACUAACAUGUUUGGCAAUGAGGUUCUUGACUUGGCCCAAAUGGGCCCUCAGCUACCGAACUGGAUGACCAUGCAGAUGGCGAGCAUUCCUCAGGGACUGGCAGUCCCCCCAAAAGCUUACCAACCCCCCAGUCCUGAACCGCGCCCCAAGAAGUUUAUCUUCCGGUCCAAAAACGCUUACCAGCAUGGAAGGUAUAGUGCAUCCAAAACCACUUAUGUACCGAACAAAAAGGUGAAAAAUGUGAAGGCUUCAAACGGUUGGGUCUCUGUGUGGAAAGUUGUAUGCAAGACAUAAAAAUAAAAUAAAAAAACCUUUAAAAUGAAAUAUUGACUUGGCUUC